UUCAUUGUCUGCCCUUCUACCCCCUCCUCCUUGCUGCCAUUCACUUUCACUUAGACACCCUCAGACUCGCCCGCACCCCCCUCACCCUUACCGUCAGAGGCUAUAGUCCUGCAUAAAAAUGCGCUAACUAUGUUAGCGCGUCGCUUCCUGUCGCUGCCUUGUGGAACCCUGCCUUUACUAUAAUAUAUAAGGUGUUUACUAGACUGACUUGUCUGCUGCUGUCUCUUGCUCCAACAGCAACCUCUAAACGCAACAACAGCGUCUUGAUCAGUAUUAUCGGCUCUAGAGCGACCGCGGUAGAAGUGACCAAAGCAACGACAACAGUGAACAAUCAUCAUGCCGACUGAAGCAGAGAACGUUCAGUAUCUGUACCUCGUGCUCACCAACGAUGGUCCGCCAACGAUCGACUGGGAUGCUGUUGGCAACGCCCUCCAGCUCAACAAGGGUGCCGUCUCGAAGCGCUGGUCUCGCCUGAAGAAGUCGAUGGAGAACGGUGAGAGCACCAGCGGCUCAACCUAUCAGUUUCUCUGGCUCUGUGUCAAGCACAGCAAGGAUGAUACGGCCAAGAACUGGUCCGACAUCGCCGCGAAAUGCAACACCACUUCUGGCGCCGCGUCCAAGCGAUACUCUCGCAUGAAGCAAGCCUUUGACCAGGGCGUUGCUCCUCCCGGUGCAUCCCCUCGCCCUCCAAUCAAAAAUACCCCGACCAAGCCCAAGUCCACCCCCAAGAAGCGGAAUGCUACCAUCCCUGGUGAUGAUGAUGAUGUCGAUACCCCGACACCCAAGCGCAAGCGCGCCCCGCCCAAGAAGAAGGCUCCUGCCACUGAUGAGCAGAAGUUCCAGGCUGACUCCGACGAUGAGAUCAACGCCAGCGAGGAAGACGUGAAGCCCAAACGCGCUAAGCCUGCGAAAGCGAAAGUUACGCCCAAGCCCAAGGGCAACGCCAAGGGCAUUAAGGAAGAGGAGCUGAAUGAAGAGUACCUGGAUGAUGAACAUAGGGCUGAUCGUAUUCAGGACUGGCUGCACACCAGCGGCUAGAGCUUGAGAAGCUUGUUGGUGUGGUCGAUUCGACUGAGUAUUGAGAUGGUUAUUGCGAUGGAAAGGAUUGGCGUCAUUGGUGCGGUUGGGACAUUC